AUGAAGGAUGAUGAACAACGGCGCCUUCUUUAUGCAAAAAUCACCACUGAUUAUGAGAAACGUCGAUCAUACGUGGAAUUUCUCUAUCCUGCAAUCUACAAGUUUCAUUGCAGGCUUUAUUUGCAGUUCUUCCCAUUCGACUCGCAAGAAUGUCAUAUGUUGUUCGGAAGCUGGACAUCGGACAAUCAUGAUAUUGACUAUCAUACUUUGGAAAAUGCCGUGGGAACGACGAACUUUCUUGAGAGUGAGGGAUGGAGCCUGUUGGGGACUGCAGGUACGAGAAAAAAUUGUUUUAUUUUGAGGAUAAUGAAAAAAAGCAAUAAUGUCAAAUGUAAUGGCCUUUUGGUAAUAUAGCA